AGCACGCCAGACCACCUCACUAGACAAAUUGAACUCUUCCCAAAGUACAGCAACAAACAUAAAUUCCUCGUCCUCUUCGUCUCAUCUGGGCUGGUGGGUUGUUGUAGCGACCGAUCGACGACGACGAUGUCGGCGGUCGAGAGGAAGACGGCGUGCGUCACCGGCGGCAACGGGUACAUCGCUUCUGCGCUCAUCAAGAUGCUGUUGGAGAAGGGAUAUGCUGUCAACACGACGGUCAGAAACCCCGAUGACAUGGCGAAGAACUCCCACCUCAAGGACUUGCAGGCACUUGGCCCCUUGAAGGUCUUCCGCGCCGACAUGGACGAAGAAGGAAGCUUCGACGAUGCCAUCGCCGGCUGCGACUACGCCUUCCUCGUCGCCGCUCCGAUGAACUUCAAUUCAGAGAAUCCUGAGAAAGAUCUGGUUGAAGCCGCCGUCAAUGGAACGCUCAACGCGAUGAGAUCGUGCGCGAAAGUAGGGACGGUGAAGCGCGUGAUCAUAACAUCGUCGGACGCAGCGAUCUCCAGAAGGCCGCUGCAAGGCGACGGGUAUGUGCUGGACGAGGAGUCCUGGUCUGACGUCGACUACCUGAGAACAGAGAAGCCGCCAGCCUGGGCGUACAGUGUGUCCAAGGUGCUUUUGGAGAAGGCCGCAUGCAAGUUCGCGGAGGAGAACAACAUGAGCCUCGUCACCGUGUUCCCGGUGUUCACCUUGGGCGCAGCGCCGGCGCCGGUGGCGAGGACGAGCGUCCCCGGCAUCCUCUCCUUGCUAUCCGGUGAUGAGACGCAUCUCGAAGUCCUGAAGCCCCUGCAGUGGGUCACCGGCUCCGUGUCGAUCGUUCACGUCGACGACCUCUGCCGCGCCGAGAUAUUCCUCGCCGAGAAGGAGUCAUCGUCAUUGUCGUCGGCAGAGUCGUCGGCGAGGUACAUCUGCUGCAGCUUCAACACCACCGUCUUGGCGCUUGCCCGUUUCAUGGCCGGAAGGUACCCGCAGUACAACGUCAAAACCGACCGCUUCGACGGGAUGCCUGAGAAACCGAGAGUCUGCUGUUCGUCGGAGAAGCUGAUCAGGGAAGGGUUCGAGUUCAAGUACACGAAUAUGGGCGACAUACUCGAUGACCUUGUAGAGUACGGCAGGGCCCUGGGAAUUCUACCACAUUGAACGAAUAGCUGAUGCUGCUCUACCUUCAACCUAGCUGUCACGAGGACCGAACUGGAGUAUGCGCUUGCGAAAUAAGUGAUCAGUGUUUUUAAAGAAAAAAAAAUAGUACAGUGUUUUAAGAUGAGCCUAAUACACAGUGGAUAAUGGCAAUGAAGUUUAAUACCCUUAGAGCAUAUCCUUCGUUCUUGCAUGUCAUUUAUAUAUUUUUUAUAAAAAAAUUUAACAAGAA